CUGUUGGAGCGAGAGCAACAAAGAGCGCGUGUUGUAAAUGUUCACCGGUGGUCCGAGUGUCUCGGUGGUCGAAUGAUGCACGGUGCGAGUUGAACUACACGUUUGUCUUUCAGUCCCUAAGACCAAACGUCGCUAACGGGAGUAUCUCGAGCUGUCAGACAUGGCUAUCGCACACGUCGCCACCGAAUACGUUUUCUCCGACUUCCUGCUCAAAGAGUCACCUGAAGCCGCGCGCUACAAAGGAGUCCGACUGGAGCUCGCGCUGGAUAAGAUGGUGACGUGUAUCGCAGUGGGACUGCCGCUCGUGCUCAUCUCGCUCGCCUUCGCGCAGGAGGUGUCUGUCGGUGCACAGAUCAGCUGUUUCUCUCCGUCCAACUUCUCGUGGCGUCAGGCUGCAUAUGUGGACGCCUACUGCUGGGCUGCCAUCCACAAACAGCACCUUAUGGACGGACCUGAGAGAGGACUACCCCUGUGGCUACACAAGUUCUUCCCCUACAUCCUGCUGCUGGUGGCGGUGUGUGUGUACAUUCCGGCGUUGUUUUGGCAUCUGGCUGUGGCUCCGCCCCUCUACUCUGACAUCACUUUCAUCCUGCAAGAAUUUGACCAAUCAUACAACAGGGCCAUCAACCUGGCUACCCGAUUGGCCAGCUCACAGUCUGACACUCAUGGGUCGGUUCUAGAUCUGACGGACAGCUGGUUUAAGUACCCUCUGGUGGAACAGUACCUGCUCACUAAACGCGGUUCUCGAGGUCUGCUGCUGCGCUACGUUCUCUGCCGCGUUCUCACGCUGAUCGUUCUACUGAUGGCCGUCCUCUACCUCAGCUAUUACAUACGACUGUCCUCACAGACAGACGAGUUCUCCUGUAGCAUCCGUACGGGAAUUCUGCGCAACUCUUCUGAUGUUCCGGCGGCGUUCCCGUGUAAGCUGGUUGCCGUGGGGAUCUUCCAGCUGCUGAGCGUGAUCAACGUGUGUGUGUACGGCGUGCUGAUGCCCGUGUGUGUGUACGCCACGCUGGUGCCGCUGCGCCAGAGCAGCCACUUCCUGUCGCCCUUCCAGCUGCUGCCCACGCUAGAGGUCAUGACCUUCGACCCCGCCUGGGACGACCUCAGCCUCUUCCUGCUGCUGCUGGAGGCCAACAUCGACCAGCUCAAGAGCUACAAGUGCCUCAAGGUGCUGGAGAGGUUGAAGAGGCGGAACGAACAGUGUGAUGUCAUGCUGGUGCUCCAGAACUUGGGACAGGUGAAGAGUGACAUCACUGAUGGCAAACGUCCAGCUGCCAUGGAAACCUCUAGCCCCGUCCACAACAGCACAGAGAUGAAAGAACUCUCUCCUUUGUUGACGGCUGAUUCUGUGCGUCAGCGGUCCAUCUGAUGCUGUUUCCAUAGCGACAGCAAACCACCUGCCGCCGUUUCCAUAGCAAUGAACUCCGCUGCCUUAUUUGGUUGAAUUGGGAAAUGAACCACUGAACUCCUCUGAGUGUUUGACUACAGGUGGAGUUAGCCUUUGUGUAUGUGUAUGUGUGUGUGUGUGAGACUACAGGUGGAGUAAGCCUGUGUGUGUGUGUGUGUGUGUGUGUGCGUGCGUGCGUGCGUGCGUGCGUGCGUGCGUGCGUGCGUGCGUGCGUGCGUGCGUGCGCUGAACUCCUCUACAGGAGUUGAUGCCUAUGUGGUGUGCUGGGGUCAUUGGUGUAAAAUGUGUGUGUGAUUUGUUGAAUCAAUUUGUUAAUACAGAGUGUGUGUGUGUGUGCGAGAGAGAGAUUCUGUAGCUCUGUGUCUUAAAUAAAGAUGUUGUUGAGUUUUA